UGAUGAUUGGCUACCUUCGCGGCAAGCCCUGUAGGGCGAGAGGGCCGCGCAGGCGCGCGAAGUCCCUGGGACUGGGCUGCGGCGCCGGCAGGCAAAUACUUGGCCUAGCAGAAGGUGUUGGUCUCUAACCUCUGCCGGCAACAUGGCUGAGGUGGAAGAAACUCUGAAGCGAAUUCAGAGUCAAAAGGGAGUCCAGGGAAUCAUUGUUGUUAAUGCAGAAGGUAUUCCCAUCAAAACCACCAUGGAUAAUUCCACAACAAUGCAGUACGCAGGUUUAAUGCACAACUUAAUCAUGAAGGCACGGGGCACUGUGCGAGACAUUGAUCCCCAGAAUGACCUCACAUUCCUGCGGAUCCGCUCCAAGAAAAAUGAGAUCAUGAUUGCGCCAGAUAAAGACUACUUCCUAAUUGUCAUUCAGAAUCCAACAGAGUGAAAGCUUCCCAAACUCAUCUGAUCUACUGUUCCUUAUACUUAAAUAUAUUUUUAUUUAAUAUACAAAAAUGGUCAUUAGUAAUUAUGUGCUGCAUUAAUAAUGUUAAAGCAGAAUUUCUUUUAAAAAUCUUUACCUAACCAAACUAUCACUCCAUGGAGAAGACAGGUGAUGAAAUCAGGAUAGGUUUUUCUUUUCCUGUUAGAUUUGAAAAUAACUUUAUGUAACUGUUGUCUAUAUUUCUAAUGACUAUAAGUUCUCCUUUUAUUUCUUUUUUAUUUUGUGACUUGUUUACAUCUGGAAGAGACUAUUUCCUUUGAAAUGCAUUAAAAUACUCAAAGAAA